GCUAAGCUUGUCACCACCGUACAAUCAUCCAAGCACGGAAGUAUGUAUGCGCCUAUCCGUCCCUCUGGAUGUAAGGUUCUAUCGCGCGGCUCCUGAGGGUAGGUAGAGUUUACCUUUUCUCCGAGAAGUUGCUUCUCUCCUGCGUUCCUUCCAUCAUCACAUUGCUUCCCCGCGACAGCGCAUUGGCCCAUCAUGAGUCUCCCCGAGACCCUCUGGUUCAUCGCGCGCAACUUCCCCAUCUACCCCACGCUGGGGAUACUCACCUAUGUCCUCUUCAAUGGCAUCUACAAAUCGAUCAAGGGUGCGUAUUCAGGGCCGCUGUCCGCAUUUCCAGGGCCGGACUUCGCGGCCAUGACGGGGUGGUACAAGACUUUUAUAGAGCUCUACCAGAAGCGGUCGUGGACUAUGCACUUGCGGGAGUUGCACAAGGUUUAUGGACCUGUUGUUCGCGUGGGACCAAACGAGCUCCAUUUCGAUCGACCGGAAGCAUACUACGAUAUAUAUAACUCUGCGAACCAUUGGGACAAAGAGCCGGAACAAUAUCAUAGCUUUGGUUUGGAUCGCUCAUGCUUUGCCUCGCUGAAAUAUGCGCAGGCGCAGGAGCGGAGAGAUGUCCUUCUCCCCAUGUUCUCUCGCCAAGCUGUUACGAAGCUCCAAUCCCUCGUGCAGAACAACAUUGACCGCCUAUGUGAGGCCCUGGAAGCCAACGAUGCCGCGGGCAAAUCUUCCGACCUUUUCUACGGCCUCCGGUGCUUCUCUUUGGAUACGAUCCUACAAUACUGCUUCAACCUAUCUAUCGACGCGCUUGGCGCCCCCGGAUUCAAAGCACCUGCCGUUGAAGCCAUGGAAGCCUCUCUACCCACGACAAUAUUCUUCAGGCACGUCCCUGUGCUCCGCCAAUUCGUGCAGAGCCUCCCGAUCUGGAUAUCAAUACAGCUAUCACCAGCGACGACAGGCUUAGUGCGUUUACGCGCUCUUCUGGGGAGGCAGGUUAAUCAAGUCAUCGACAACCCGAAGAGUCUAGACGACAGCCCGCACGAGACCGUAUACCACCGCCUCCUAGACAAGAAGGCGAACAAUGGCAAAGUUUAUGACCCGGAGACUUUCUACAAGGAAGCACAGGCGCUGAUAUUCGCCGCUGGUCACCCCACGGCGAAUGCGCUGACGGUGGGGAUAUUUCAUGUACUAUCUAACAAUGGCAUCAAAGAGAGGUUGGUGGGGGAGCUACAGGAGGGGUGGCCGGAUCUGAACAAAACGCCUACGUUUGAGGAUCUGGAGCAAUUACCAUAUCUCACAGCUGUGAUAACGGAGUCUCUCCGCAUGAGCCCUGGAAUUGUGUCGCCAUUACUGCGCAUCACCCCGUUUGGCGGCGCGACUAUUGGUGGCAUCAAAGUCCCAAGCCGGGUCAUAGUAGGUAUGUCCGGAACCUUCGUGCACGAGAGCGAAGUCCUCUUCCACGACGCCAAGAACUUCAACCCCGACCGCUGGCUUGUGGAUGACUCGGCCGUGUUAGAGCGCUGGCUGGCCCCCUUCUCGAAGGGGCCGCGCAUGUGUAUCGGUCAGAACUUGGCGUACUGUGAGAUGUUCCUGGGGUUUGCGGCGCUGUUUAGGAGGUUCGAUCUGAGGCUGGAUGGGAACACGACGAGGGAUUUGAGGUAUAGGGAGUGCUAUGUUCCGCAGUUUUUGGGGAAGCAUCUUACGUGCUUUUGUAGGCCGGUUGAGAAGUAAUGGGAGGUGGUUGGAGUGAUGCGGUGAUAUCGCUACGGAC